UCAAAUGUUAUGCUUAAAGCAUAGGUUCAAUUAUGAUCAAGGGCAUGGGUGCCAGAACACUGCUUUAUUCUUUGAGAGAGAUGAUUUGAUCUUUCUGGGAAGAAACAUGUUCAGGUUUGGUGUCCUGAAUAAUGUUCUCAUGCAGAGAUCUCCUGAUGUUUAACUAUUACUGUGAUGCCUGUCCUCCGUUUAGAUGGUUCUUUCAUCCAGACACUAUUAAAAGAGUCAGAAACAGAGAUCAAGAGGUAAAAAUAAGUCACCAAUGGGAAAGGCAUCACCUCUUUGGACUCAUGUUGGCUUCUUAUUUUGGCUUCUUAUGUUACCGCACUAGGGUACCAGCUUAACAAAAAUUUGCUGAGGAUCUAUUUGCAUUCUAGGCAACUAAAGAAACAACACAGAAUGGAGCACCGGAACUCCACCCUGGGAAGCGGCUUCACAUUGAUGGGGAUUCUGAAUGACAGUGGGUAUCCUGAGCUGCUCUGUGCCAUGAUCUCAGUCCUGUACGUGUUGGCCAUGACCAGCAAUGGCCUGCUGCUCCUGGUCAUCACAGUGGAUGCCCGGCUCCAUGUGCCCAUGUACCUCUUGCUGGGGCAGCUCUCCCUCAUGGAUCUCCUCUUCACAUCUGUUGUCACUCCCAAGGCCAUCGUGGAUUUCAUGCUCAGUGACAACACCAUCUCCUUUGGAGGAUGUGCCCUUCAGAUGUUCCUGGCACUGACACUGGGUGGUGCAGAGGACCUCCUACUGGCCUUCAUGGCCUAUGACAGGUAUGUGGCCAUUUGUCAUCCUCUGAACUACAUGGUCCUCAUGAGGCCGAGGGUCUGCUGGCUCAUGAUAGCCACACCCUGGGUCCUGGCAUCCCUGAAUGCUGUAGGACAUACCUUGUAUACCAUGCACUUCCCUUUCUGCAUGUCCCGGAAAAUCAAGCACUUGCUCUGUGAGAUACCACCACUGCUGAAGCUGGCCUGUGCAGAUGCCUCCAGUUAUGAGCUCAUGGUGUAUGUGACAGGUGUGACUUUCCUCUUGCCCCCUCUUGCUGCUAUCCUUGCCUCCUACACACUAAUCCUAUACACUGUGCUCCGCAUGCCCUCAAAUGAAGGGAGGCAGAAAGCCCUGGUCACCUGCUCUUCCCACCUGACUGUGGUCGGCAUGUUCUAUGGAGCUGCCACGUUCAUGUACGUCCUGCCCAGUUCCCUCCACAGCCCCAAGCAGGACAACAUCAUCUCUGUCUUCUACACGAUUGUCACGCCAGCCCUGAACCCCCUCAUCUAUAGCCUGAGGAAUAAGGAGGUCAUGGGGGCCUUGAGGAGGGUCCUGGGAAAAUAUAUGCUGUGAACACACGUCACCAUCUAGGAAGAGGUUAUGGCUUUCUGUCAAAAUUCAUUCCCCCUCAAAAUCUGAAGAUUCCUCCUGAAAGUGAAAUACUUAUGUCCCAUAGUUCAGAUAUGUAUCUUAAUAGAAAGUGAAGGAGUGUAGCUUUACUCGUCAUAUGCUCUUUUAAACCAUCUUACCACGUAGUAACUAAUGACAUUGUAUUAAAUUAUGGAUAUUGACAUGCAAGAUGGCCUUGAAAGCUCCAGAUGGCAGAGCUUCUGUCAGCUUGGGUCCACAGACCUGCCCCUCUAUCCCUCAGCUAAAAUUUGUGUAAGUGAGAAAUAACCAUCUACCUGUUAUAUGUAACCUUCUAAGCCACUGAGAUUUGGGGUUUAUCUGUUAGAGC